GUUUGACCGCCUCAAGGCUGAAGCCGACGCUGCCCUGAAGGGUAAACAGAGAAUUCCACAUUCAAUGAUUUUCUUUGUCAUUAUCAAAAAUUUGGUUAGAAGCUCACACGAUUUAAUUGUAUGACUCAGAAAAACCACGCGAACCUAUCACUAUCACGCUUCCUAACGGCACCACAAAGGAAGGCACUUCAUACGAAACGUCACCCAUGGACAUUGCAUCGGGCAUCGCCAAGUCGUUGGCCGAACGCACAGUGAUUGCACGCGUGGACGGCGAGUUGUGGGAUUUGGAGCGCCCUCUUGAGUCGUCGUGCAAGUUGGAAUUGCUCGACUUUGAACACGAGGACGGCAAAAAGGUGUUUUGGCACUCGAGUGCACACAUGCUGGGUGAAGCCUGUGAGCGUCACUAUGGCUGCCACUUGUGCAUUGGCCCACCGUUGGAGGAUGGUUUCUACUACGAGAUGGGAUUGAAGGAGCGUGUCGUGUCGCAGACGGAUUACGCCACGCUCGAAAAGCUUGUUGGUCAGAUUAACAAGGAAAAGCAGCCAUUCGAGCGUUUGGUCCUGUCCAAGGAAAACUUGCUCGAAAUGUUCAAGCAUAACCCGUACAAGCAGCACAUUAUCAACGACAAGAUCCCGGAUGGCACCUCUACCACCGUCUACCGUUGCGGUCCCUUGAUUGAUUUGUGCCGCGGUCCUCACGUUCCCCACACUGGCCGUGUCAAGGCAUUCACUGUUACCAAGAAUUCGUCUUCGUACUUUUUGGGUGAUGCCAAGAACGACUCAUUGCAGCGUCUGUACGGUAUUUCGUUCCCUGACAAGAAGCAGAUGACCGAAUACAAAAAGUUCAUUGAGGAAGCUGCCAAGCGUGACCAUCGCAAGAUUGGCAAGGAACAGGAUCUGUUCUUCUUCCACGAACUGUCGCCCGGCUCGGCAUUCAUGCUGCCUCACGGCUCGCGUAUCUACAAUGCCUUGAUCGAUCUGAUCAAGAAGGAAUACCAGGCCCGCGGCUUCACCGAAGUCAUUACCCCCAACAUGUUCAACCUGAAGCUGUGGAACCAGUCUGGCCACGCUGCCAAAUACAAGGAAAACAUGUUUUGUUUGGAAGUCGACAAGGAAGAGUUUGCACUGAAGCCCAUGAACUGCCCUGGCCAUUGUUUGAUGUUUGGCCACAAGGACCGCAGUUACCGUGAGUUGCCCAUCCGCUUUGCCGAUUUCGGUGUCUUGCACAGAAACGAAUUCUCGGGUGCCCUUUCGGGCUUGACGCGUGUGCGUCGCUUCCAGCAAGAUGACGCCCACAUCUUUUGUCGUCAGGACCAGAUCGAGCAGGAAAUGGCUGGCUGCUUUGACUUUUUGAACCACGUGUACGGCAUCUUUGGCUUUGAGUUCCACUUGAAGCUCUCGACUCGUCCUGAAAACUUUAUCGGUGAAAUCGCCGUCUGGGACAAUGCUGAAAAGAAGCUGGAGGAUUCAUUGAACGCUUUUGCAAAGAAGAAGGGUGCUACUUGGGAACUGAACGCUGGCGAUGGCGCUUUCUACGGCCCCAAGAUUGAUAUCGUCAUUUCGGAUGCUCUGCGUCGCAAGCACCAGUGUGCUACCAUCCAGCUCGAUUUCCAGUUGCCCGAGCGAUUCAAGCUCGAGUACCGUACCGAAAACGCCGGCGAAGACAGCGCCUUUGCUCGUCCUGUUAUCAUCCAUCGUGCCAUCUUGGGUUCGGUCGAGCGUAUGAUGGGUAUCUUGAUUGAACAUUUCGGCGGUAAAUUCCCCUUCUGGCUCUCGCCUCGUCAGGUCAGCGUCAUUCCUGUGGCUGCACCCUUCUUGCAGUAUGCUCAGGAUUUGACCGCUCAGUUGGUGGCCAAGGGCAUCUAUGCCGAUACCGACACUACGGACAAUACCCUCAACAAAAAGAUCAGAAACAGCGAACUGGCCCAAUACAACUUUAUCUUUGUUGUUGGCCAGGAGGAAGAGAGCAGCAAGUCUGUCAACGUACGUAACCGUGACGACGUUGGCACCAAGGCAAAGGGCCAAACCAUCCCCUUGGAAACCGUGAUUUCUGGCUUGGUUGCUUUGAAGGAGAACAAGAGCCUGGAGAACAAGUUUUAAAAAAGUUUUCCUUUGUUUUGUGUGUGUUUUAAAUAUAUUUUGAAAAAAAGGGACCCCAUCCUGUCUUAUUAUUAACGACA